CCAAGAUUAGUACUUUUGGAAACAAUGUCUUCUUUACAUAGUUGGAUAUGGUUGUGGGUCUCGUUCACUGUAGCUAACCUUAAGAGACACAACAAUCCGGCUAAAACAGAUAUGUAUGACAACGAAAAUCAUUUAUUAAUUCCUGCCAGAGUACAAAAGAGAAGUUCUGUACCAAACAUUUUGCAAACCUGGAUAGUAGCAGAUCCAAGUAUCCAGACAUUUCAUGGAAGUGUUGCGGAGACCAGGUCUUAUAUUAUGAAUAUAAUGAAGAAUGUACAUAAUUUAUUCAAGGACAGAACCUUGAGCACUCCUUUGAACAUAAUUGUCAACAAAGUCGAUUUUUUGGACAGACCAUUGGCAGAACCGAAGACACCAGAUUGUGUGUCAUCACUUUGUAGUUUCUGUAGAUGGGCUGCUAGAAGAAAUCAUAGAAACAAUAAUCACAAGGGGAUUUCUGAUGUUGCAAUUUAUAUAACAAGGGAUAAUGAAACCCUUGAUGAUUUAGCUGUUACCCAUCAAGGAAGUAUGUGCGAUGUAGACAGCAGUUGUUUGGUGGCCAUAGAUUCUGGACUUGUCAGUACAGCAAUCACCAUCACUCAUGACUUAGGACAUUUGUUUGGCAUGAUUCAUGAUGAAAAUACUCCUUGUGGAAUAAGUAGAAAUAUAAUGAGUACCCAGGGUUAUACAGGAAGUAUGGGAUUACACUGGUCAACAUGUAGUUCUUUAGCAUUGGAUAAAUUUCUACGGAGUAGCAGGGCAUCAUGUUUAAAUGAUUUCCCACUACAAAUAAUGCCUGGGCGUCAGAAGAUAUAUGACAAAGAUCAGCAGUGUAGAUUUGCCCAUCAUGAUACAUCUUGUACCUUCAGCUUACCCAAUAAGGAUCCAUGUGAAAGUCUGGCAUGCCAGGUUCCAGGGAAUGAGUUUAAAUGUAUAACAGGAGCACCAAUGGCUGAUAAAACUGAUUGUUACAAAGAUGGUCAACUCAGGUGGUGUAUGAAAGGAAAAUGUAUUCCAUUUACAGGUCAAUGUAAAACACCCAGCCAUUGGUCAUCCUGGGGAGCAUGGUCAGAUUGUAGCAGACCAUGUGGUGGGGGUAUUACACAUCGAAGAAGAACUUGUCAAAAUAAACAGGCUGUUUGUGCACAUGAUUGUAUUGGAGAUAAAGAGGAUGUUAGACUCUGUAAUAUGAAGAUAUGUAAACAGAAUUUAAAUGACCUCAAAACAAAGUGGUGUGAAUCUCACAAUACAGAGACAGGAAACUAUCAAUGCCAUUGCAUUGCCACACAUGAAGGGACAUGGAUAGCUUAUCCUGAUGGUUUUGACUUGUAUCCAACACUUUCUGCACAUAAUAUUAGUAAAUGCUUCAAAGGAAAACUACAGCCCUUUGGUUGUGAUGGGAAGAUGAGAUCUGGAUUGAAGUUUGACCAGUGUGGUGUGUGUAAUGGUGACGGCAGUAUGUGUCAAGAACAUCAUGGUCAAUACACAAAACACGAAACAUUGAAAGACACACCAUUUUUAAUCCACACAGUACCAGCAGGAUCUACAGGAAUAAUUGCCUCAAACCAUAAUACAGACUGGACACAAAUUGAUGCAAAAUAUGAAGAAAAGGCAGGAACUUUGAGGUUUGGAGAUGUACUUAAAGAUUUUCCUGAACCAUCUCUCUGGAAUAUAAACUUAUAUAUUACUUAUUUUGAAUCUGUAACAGCAAAUGUCAGCUAUAGAUACGAUACAUCACUGCAUCAUACCAGUAAAUACCAGUGGUCAUCUAAAUGUACAUCUGCAGGGGACCGAGUGAUCAGUUGCAUGGACACAAAACUAAAUGCUCAAGUAGAAGACAAAAACUGUUAUUUGUUCACUAAACCAGAACAAAAACCUUGUCAAGGCAGUGACAGAUGAGGGGACAGAAUAUAAUUAACAUUGUAAGAAAGUGACUGCUGUUAUAAGAGUCAUUUUUCCUAAAUGGACAUUCAGCUUAUGUACAUAAUAAAAAAGUCAUUCCAAGUUUGUGUUAAAAAAAACAUGUUUUAUCUGUAGGUAAAAAAGGCCAAAAUUAUUAACUGCCUGCAAUCUUUUCAAAACAAAUGGGUUGAUUAGAAUCUUAAACUAUAUUAUUCUACCAUGAAGACAUUAUCAAAUCUGUUUAAAUGUAUCAGGUACGUUGAUACAAACUGCAUCAAAUUCUGAGGAGUAUAAAUCCUAUACCUGUUUGAAAAAAGGUGCAAACAUUUGGUUUUUAACUUCAUUUUAGUUCAUUUAUUUUAGAAAUAUGGCAGAUAAAAUAAAACUUAAUGCCUCCUCUACUACAAUGGGGCGUAAACAUAUUUCUUUCUGAGAUUGUUGUUUGAAAACAUUUGCUGCUAAUUAACUUUCAGGUUUUGUUUCCAAAGUUAAUCUUUUGUGACCUUGCUAAACAAUCAACACUGAAUCAAUGAGCAUGUGUAUAUGAUAAAAUGAGAUGAUAUUGUUGUUUAUU